AUGAAGUCUGUGCUGUUCAGCCGCUUCUUCAUUCUAUUGCCCUGGAUCCUGAUUGUCAUCAUCAUGCUCGACGUGGACACGCGCAGGCCGGCGCCCCCGCUCACCCCGCGCCCCUACUUCUCUCCCUAUGCAGUAGGCCGCGGGGGUGCCCGUCUCCCGCUCCGCAGGGGCGGUUCAGCGCGCGGGGCCGAAAAGCGCAACGAGUCUGGGCCGCUGCCGCAGCCCGCGUCUCCGCUGCCCACCAUCUAUGCCAUCACGCCCACCUACAGCCGCCCGGUGCAGAAAGCGGAGCUGACCCGCCUGGCCAACACGUUCCGCCAGGUGGCGCAGCUGCACUGGAUCCUGGUGGAGGACGCGGCGGCGCGCAGCGAGCUGGUGAGCCGCUUCCUGGCGCGGGCCGGGCUGCCCAGCACGCACCUGCACGUGCCCACGCCGCGGCGCUACAAGCGGCCCGGGCUGCCGCGCGCCACCGAGCAGCGCAACGCCGGCCUCGCCUGGCUGCGCCAGAGGCACCAGCAUCAGCGCGCGCAGCCCGGCGUGCUCUUCUUCGCCGACGACGACAACACCUACAGUCUGGAGCUCUUCCAGGAGAUGCGAACCACACGCAAGGUCUCUGUCUGGCCUGUGGGCCUGGUUGGUGGGAGACGCUAUGAACGUCCAUUGGUGGAAAAUGGCAAAGUCGUUGGUUGGUACACCGGCUGGAGAGCAGACAGGCCUUUUGCCAUCGACAUGGCAGGAUUUGCUGUAAGUCUUCAAGUCAUCCUGUCCAACCCAAAAGCUGUAUUUAAACGUCGUGGAUCCCAGCCAGGGAUGCAAGAAUCUGACUUUCUAAAACAGAUAACGACCGUAGAAGAACUGGAACCUAAAGCAAGUAACUGCACCAAGGUGCUCGUGUGGCACACACGGACAGAGAAGGUUAAUCUAGCCAAUGAGCCCAAGUACCACCUGGACACCGUGAAAAUCGAGGUAUAAAAUGGAGGCGACACCUGGUGCAGUCUGCCUGGCAGUGGGCGUGGACAAGGCCGUGUGGAGUUGAGGCUGCAGAGCAUUCAGGUAUUGUUCAUUUUACUUCAGUCCCGCAGCCUUUCACGCCAGCUGACGGACAUCUGUUUAACCAGUGCUUGUCAGCUGACAGAAGCCAACUGGAUGUGCAAAUGCACGGGUGGUCCUCCUUUGCUGUGCAUGUCCUCCCUACCACUAAAUUGGAAAAUUUCUGUACAGUACAGUUCUGUGAUACUGCAAAAUACCAUUCUGAGUAUCGUACAUGCUUGCCCUGCCCCCAGUUAGCCUUACAACUGGUAGAACUGAACAGGUUUUAGAAACAGAUGACAGGCAUUUCAUCAGUUGAACAGUGUCAAUUCCUACUUGGCAACAUUAAAUAACUUUUUGGAAGGUUGGUGGCAGUAUACAUCACAGGAAAUAAAAACCCCACAAUUGAAAGGUCUAUGGAUUCAUCUGUUUAAUAUAGGGAAAUAAUAUUUUGUCAAUACUAGGCACCAUAAAAUGUAAACACAAUUACUGUCAUAAACCUGGAUAUACCUUCAAGGAUUCAAAGUGGCUUUGUUUUAGUUACCCUGUGUGCAUAUAGUGCAGAAAAAGGUCUUCACAUUAGCACUAUGUACAUAAGAGGAGAUCCAAAUUAUGAGAGGCAGAUAAAAUUUGAAGUACUCAAACACUCAUUAAACUAAGUUUCGUAGUAA